AUGGAAAGAAUUUUUGAACUCAUCGACUGCCCGAGACCUAGAAGGGUGAUAUGUGCUACCUUUAUACUACGUAGAGGUGCUAGGCGUUGGUGGGACACCGUUGCCAAAUCAAGGGCUCCUGGUCAUGUUUGGAUGUGGGAUGAAUUCAAGGAGGCCUUUCUGAAAAAGUACUACCCCACAAGUAUUCGAAAUCGAAAGGAGGCUCAGUUUCUCACUUUGACUCAGGGCUCAAUGACGUUGAUCGAGUACGAGCAGAAGUUUGAAGAGUUGGCUCAUUAUGCUCCUGAGUUUGUAGAUAUAGAGGACAAGAAGGGCACAAUUGGCAGAUUUCAAGAAUCGUACUAUGGGGAGGAAAAGCAGCUUAAUGGACAGUUAGAGAAGCGAAAGUGGGUGGAUAACAAGGAAAAAGGGAAACAAGAUUAUGCCAAAAAGAGCAAAGGAAAUUCAGUGCAAGAUGGCAACAAGAGUUACCUACACUGUGGAAAAUAUCAGAAGCAUCAUCAGGGAGCUUACCUUUCGUGGACAAAUUUAUAUUUUCCGUGUGGAAGACAAGGACACAUGGCUCAGUAUUGCCCUAAAUAUGGGAGCAACCAGCAGAGACCACAAGGGAACAACCAACAUAGACAAGGUCAUGCACUAGGAGGACAGACUAGGGUUUAUACACUAUCAGGGCAGGAGAAGGAUUAG